GUUCAAUUGAUACGGAAAUUCUGAACUACAUAGCCAAGCUAGGCAGAUGCUGCUGCCUAGUAUCAUAGUGCAGCACUAAAGCACGGGCGGUUGUAGAAUGAUCCAACGUUUCGCUUACCCACCUAUAGAAAGACGCCACCGGCCCCUAUCAUAUGACUUCCUCGCUUACUAUCGCAACAGGCCUUGUCUCAAGUCAUCUAACGAUCGGACAGUUGUACAUUCCGGACCCAGGGGAGGUUUUGCGGAUUGUCUUCCAGUAUCAACGCGUCUCACCAUGGCCACAACCGCCCGCAGAACCUCCGCAGCAGAGCGCCGCGAAGAAGUCAGUAUAGUCGACAGAAAAGCCACAGAGCUGGCGGAUCUAAUACGUGAAAGCACAAAUUUCAUCGCGUUCACUGGGGCGGGCAUCUCGACCUCUGCUGGCAUCCCCGACUUCCGCGGCCCAGAGGGCGUCUGGACGCUCAGGGCUCAGGGUAGAGAGGGUGAUUUGAAGGCGGUCAACACGCUGCAGGCUGUUCCAACGUCUACGCAUAUGGCGCUUGUGGAGCUGCAGAAUCGGAGAAUAUUGAAAUACUUGAUAAGCCAGAAUUGCGAUGGGCUUCACCGGAAGAGUGGGAUAUUGCCUGACAGAAUAUCCGAGCUGCACGGGAACAGCAACCGCGAGUCUUGCAAGGUCUGCGACAAGGAAUACAUUCGAGAUUUUCGGGCGGUCGCCACCUACGACAAGAGCAUCCACGACCAUCGCACAGGACGGAAAUGUACUCGCUGCGGCGGAGUCCUACUCGACAGCAUCAUCAACUUCGGCGAAUCUCUACCCACACAGCCACUACAAGACGCCUUGAACCACGCCAUGAAAGCCGACCUCUGUCUUGUUCUCGGGUCCUCACUCACGGUGACGCCGGCGGACGAGAUCCCUGGGGUAGUUGGUCGAAACUCAGGUGCCAAACUUGUCAUUUGCAAUCUUCAGACGACGCCACUGGACCAGCUUGCGGAUCUACGCGUCUUUUCCGAUGCGGAUGAUUUGAUGGCUCGAGUCAUGGGGAAACUGGGCGUUCCUAUUCCGCCGUUUAUUCUGCAUCGCCGGCUGGUCGUCAAGGUGGAGUCAAAAGGGGACAAAAGGCAUCAGUUGACGGUUUCUGGUGUAGAUGUGGAUGAUACGCCAGUGACGUUCCUGCACUCCGUCAAGCUGGAGGGGAAUCGACGGGUGGCUCGGUCAGAGCCAUUUGUUAUUAACAUUCGUGACAAGUUAGCUGCGGGCGUGGUGUUGAAGCUUGAGCUUGAGUUCAUGGGUCAUUAUGGCGAGCCUAACCUUGAGAUCGAUUAUGGCGUCGGAGGCGAGGAUGGUUCUCAGGCUUGGUAUCGUCUCGAAUACAAUCCUCAAACGGGGGCGUGGAAGACGAGUACGGAGAAGCACCAGGUGCCUAUUGGCGGAGGGGACACACAGUGGUGUGGAUAAGAAAAUAUGAUAGGCUUAUUUCCAUGGAAAACUCUAGGGUGCCUAUCAUCUCAAACUGUAAUUGUUGGCAUGAAAGAGCCGUUUCCUAUUCACUUGCAUUCUGUCACUGUAAGAUCGAUCUGAUCUCUUAUCUGUAUGGACGGGGGGGCUGUGAAAGUGGCUUGGCCCGAGCCACCCUGCCAGGUCACCGAAAAUUGAUCCUGGCUCAACUGUAUCGAAAUGGAUUAUGAAGAGGAACACUCUGGCUGAGACGGGAGCGGAAAGGGGCUGCGCAGCUGUGAUGCUGGUGUUAAUCGUUG